AUGCACGAAGAAGAACUGCGAAGUUUUUGCGCUCCUAAGCAGUUGGCGAUAGAGAUGUACUGGGGCAAACUCCGUGAGGUGUACAACUCGUACCAGGAGGAACACAACCCCAUCAUGAGCCACUACCAUAGCUUACGUGAGAAGGACGACUUCUAUCAAAAGGAAAUCGCAAGGAACGACUACCAAAUACAACUAGCUUGUGAGACCCUAUCAAACUUGCAACAUGAAUGGCAAAAAACAACUAGUACGAUGACAGAUAAGUUGACGCGUAUGGCCAAUCGUAAGGAAGAACUAACAAGAAAAUAUUUGCAGAUGAAGAAAGACUCCAAGCUUGAGAGCAGUAAGGGAAGCCAGCAGCUCGAUAUCAUGGUGAAUGCCAGCCAGGAUGCGAUCAAGCAUCUUGAAGAUAUGUAUGAAAAACUGAAUAAAGUAAUGCAGCUAUCAGAAAUCUGCAGUAAAUAUGAACAUGAAGGAGACGAGCUCUCCAAAGAUGUAGAGUACGAUCUGGACUCUCUGGACUUUGAACAUCUGGAUAAGGAUAUGAUUGACGAAUGCAAGGAAUAUCGCAAAAUGGACAAAUUCCUUCUCAAAGUGAACAGAGCCAAGGUGCAAACAAUAUGUCUAAGGACCGAGAAAGCGAAACUGAUGAGGGAAAAUAUUCAGUUGAAGAACUACAUCAAGAGGUACCUUACGGACUUGGCGCUUAAGGGCAAAGACAGGCCCUUAAGUAUGAAGAUCAGGACGGACGUGCCGAAGAUAAACAUCAAGGCGUACGUAUCUUAUUCGCCUUCGUGCACCUACCUAUUUAAGAAACCCAUUAAAAUAAUAAUCAACAACCUAUCAGAGUCCGAGUUCACUGCUGCUGCUAGACUAUGGGCUUCUUCCACAAAGAAGAGGGAUGAUCUCCAUGUUUUCCUCUCAUGGCUCCACCCAGGGCCAGAGAAGAAUCGUCCAGUAACUUGCAUUGAGGGUGCUCUAUCGAAUGCCGUGCAACACGAGGUGCGCAUGCGCAACGUGGCACGACGCAACAAGGACAACAACAUCAGAGCCUAUCCUCGGGUGCAGUGCUGGAUGCAAUCUGCGUAG